AUGUCGGAUACCAUUAUUACUCCAGCGAGGGAUAUUCCUGCAACUAAGAGAGCUGAAGACGGUGCGCCUAUUCCUUUGCACUAUAAUACUACGCCUUCGGGUUCAAUGUAUUCAACGACGCCUGGAGGUUCUCGCAUUAGUUAUGAUCGCAGCACUCUGCUAAAUCUUGCCAACUCUCCACUCGCCAGGACACCGCCAAGUGGUUUGGCUUUUGUGCCAGGUGUCACGAAGGUCAACCAGCUGGAGGGACAUCUUGCGCCUCCUCAGCAACCGCUGUUUCCUGGAGUGCAGCACCGAUCGAUGCCAACGCAACAUCGCGAGUCAAAGGAUAAUGAGCAUAAGAAUAAGUCUACCGAUAAUAGUGAUCAAAACAAGGACCAAAACGACCAGCACGAUCACAUGUUCGAGAUGGACAUGUAG